CAUUUAAAAUGACAGAUUUUCACAGCGUUCUGAAAUCGAUCUGGCAUCCUUGGUGUAGUAAUGUUGUUUUGUGUGUGUCAAACACUGUAAAUAAAGUAAAGUGAAUCGCGUGCUACCGGUUCUUGGAAAUCUUUUACCCGGCAAUUAAAAUGUCCGGCGCAGCCCGGUUAGUUCAAUACGUUGUGGUAAACGGUGAAAUUGCCCAAUCGUGGCCGAAAGGAGCAGUUAUAGCACAAUGCUGUCAUGCUGUUUCGGCUGUAGCUCAUAUGUUUUCCGCUGAUCCGGAUACGAUAGAAUAUUUCAAGGAUUUAGACAAUAUGCAUAAGGUGGUUCUGGAGCUGUCCUUCCGCAGUCCUAGAUUCGAUGAUGCUGUCAAACGCCAUAAACAGAACGAAGCUGACGCUAAUAGUCGGUUACAAUGCGCUGGUGUGCCAGCUGAAGACGAAAUGUCGCUUUCCAACCUGCAGCGCUGCCAUAGCUUAAUCAGGAAGAGACUGUAGGCUCUUUUACUGCCAGGAUACAUGUUGUCGGAUAGCAGAACAUAUGUUCAAUAUAUUACGACCUCUUCAAUCUAGACGCAAACA